UUGGAGAACCUCUUAACAAGUGCUUUACGAAAAAUGUAGAUUUUAAGUCCAAACUUUUGAAGCGCGUUUUGGGAAAUACCUUAAUAAGAGUGCUCUUUUGUUUUUCAAAUUUUCUUAGUAAUCUCUUGUGAUAAGCUCUGCAUUCUUCAGGGUUUUAUACGUGUAGAGGGAUGUUUGGGUGAAAGUGGCUUGGCUUUACAAUGAAGAGAAUGAUAGCUCUUGGUUUUGAGGGUUCUGCUAACAAGAUUGGUGUUGGGGUUGUAACAUUAGAUGGAAGCAUUCUAGCAAAUCCACGCCACACCUACAUUACACCUCCUGGCCAUGGUUUCCUCCCUCGAGAAACUGCCCAACACCAUCUCCAACACAUUCUUCCUCUUGUCAAAUUAGCACUGGAAACGGCUGGAAUAACCCCAGAUGAAAUUGACUGCCUUUGUUACACUAAGGGUCCAGGCAUGGGGGCACCUUUGCAAGUUUCUGCUAUUGUUGUUCGGGUUCUUUCACAACUGUGGAAGAAGCCUAUUGUUGCUGUCAAUCACUGUGUAGCACACAUAGAGAUGGGGAGGAUUGUGACUGGAGCAGAUGAUCCUGUUGUCCUGUAUGUUAGUGGUGGGAAUACACAGGUAAUUGCAUAUAGUGAAGGGCGGUAUCGGAUUUUUGGGGAGACUAUUGAUAUUGCUGUGGGAAAUUGCUUGGAUCGCUUUGCUCGGGUCUUAACUCUUUCCAAUGAUCCUAGCCCUGGAUAUAACAUUGAGCAGCUAGCAAAGAAAGGAGAAAAGUUCAUAGACCUUCCUUACAUUGUUAAAGGAAUGGACGUCUCUUUUAGUGGAAUAUUGAGUUAUAUUGAAGCCACUGCCGAGGAGAAGCUCAAAAAUAGUGAGUGCACUCCUGCAGACUUGUGCUAUUCCCUGCAGGAAACCUUGUUUGCGAUGCUUGUGGAGAUCACAGAACGGGCAAUGGCACACUGCGAUAAAAAAGAUGUUCUCAUUGUUGGUGGUGUGGGUUGUAAUGAGCGUUUGCAAGAGAUGAUGAGAACAAUGUGCUCAGAGCGGGGUGCAAAGUUGUUUGCAACUGAUGACAGGUACUGCAUCGACAAUGGAGCGAUGAUUGCAUACACUGGUCUCCUUGAAUUCGCUCAUGGCUCAUCAACUCCAUUAGAGGAAUCUACAUUUACACAAAGGUUCAGGACCGAUGAAGUGGAAGCAAUCUGGAGAAUAAAAAGGGAGUCAGGUUGCUGCAAGAACAGUCUUAUGGACCAAAGCAACUAAAUUAAGAAGAUUCCAAUGUAUUAUCAUAGUGACUUAGCCAGAAUAAGCGGUUUAAUUACUAAUGUUAGAUUAAAAUGUUGUAAGUUGAUAUUAUAAAGCAAAUUGUUGUUCUAUGUAUAUGUAAUAUAUAUCUUCUAGUUCUGUUUACCAAAAUUGAACUUUAGUGAGGAAUAUUGGCUAGAGAUGAGCGAGCUUGGGUAUUUUACUGAAAAAGAGGAAUCAGAACGGGAACUUAUCAUC